AUGUUGUCGACUCGAGGCAAGAAGCUCACUGGAAUGCUCGAUGAGCCAUGGCGAUUCCCACUCAGCAGAGUAGCUAUGUUUAAUGCAACUUCGAAUCCGUCUGGAUUGAUAUCAUUUGGCACGGCUGAAAAUUCCCUUGUCUAUGACGAGCUGACGGCCUACGUCAAUAGAAAUGUGCAAUUCGACAAGUCGGUGUGGUCCUACGGCUACAGCUCGGUUGGGGGUAAAGAAUUCCCGGCAGCUAUGGCGGGCCAUAUCAACAAAUAUUUUGACCCGAUUGUGCCUGUAAAAGGCAGCGAUAUACUUGCAACGAACUCCGUCCCUACACUGAGCGAGCUACUUGCAUUCACUCUGGCAGACGCAGGGGACGCAAUUCUGCUUAGUCGCCCGGUUUAUGGGAGAUUCGAGAUCGAUUGGGGAAACAGGCCAGGACUGAAGACCAUUUAUGCUGAUACCGAAGCAGUUGAGAGCUUCACCCCGGCAGUUGCAAGGAAGUAUGAAGAAGCCUUGGUUGCUGCUGAAGCUAGGGGUGUGAAGAUACGUGUACUAAUAAUUGUUAAUCCACACAAUCCUCUUGGCCGCUGCUAUCCUCGUGAGACACUUAUCGAAAUAUUCAAGUUCUGCCAGAAGCAUCAAAUUCAUCUAGUUAGCGAUGAAAUAUAUGCGCUCUCCGUUUUUAACUCCGGUGAAAGUGGAACGGUGCCGUUUACUUCCACUCUCAGCAUUGAUCCCACGGGACUGAUUGAUGAGAAGCUCCUCCAUGUCAUCUAUGGAAUGAGCAAGGAUUUCUCUGCCCCGGGACUUCGGAUAGGCUGCUUGAUCAGUAAAAAUCCACAGGUGCAAAAGGCUGUCCGCUCAACUUCAGCUCUAGAAAGCGACUGGCAACCUGCUACCGCUUCGCAACGGGGCUCCUUCGCAAGAACAACAUUCCCUAUCUGCCAGGAACGUGAGUGA